CCAAGUAUUAACGAUCCGAAUACACAUACACAUGUACAUGUAUACAUGUACAUUGGCGCAUAAGCUCCUUAAGCUGUACCCAAAUACAAACGAGCCUAAACUCUAAAAAGCGAAAGUCGCAGCAGAUAGAUACAUAUAUUUGCAAAAGAUAAUGUCUACGGAUCACUAAACGAAUAUUUGCUAACAUCUUGCUCUGGAUAGGUAGUGAUAAAUCAUGUCAGUAAAAUUAUGCAUCUUGUUUAUAUCAGAAAUGUGACUAACUGUAUUAUUAUAAACUUUCGUACAAACAAAAGCAAAGUAAUCACGAUAAGUACUCUCGUUAGAGGGUAGUACGAUUUAAACUAAACGACUUGAGGGAGCGCUAGCUCAUUGUCAGCUGAUCGUUAAAAGGUAGACAUGUAAAAAAUGCUAAUUUGCAAGUCGUAUACCCCUCACAUAGUCCUAUACAUGAGAUUCAUUUAUAGUAGACAAACGCAAUAUGUAAACUAACAUAACCUUUCCCUUCUUGCAGGCGCUGGGCCAUAGAAAGAAAACCGGGUCACGGUUGAACUAGCUGAAAUCGAAAUAAAUCGCUUAUCAAUUCUUAUCCUGAUCUGUCCUUAUCCAGAUAACAUUCACUUUGAUUACAAAAAACAUUGAUUUUCACAAAGAAGUAUUGUAAAUGGUAUAGAUAUAAAUAUAAACAAAAUAUAUAUAUGUAUGUAUAAAUUAGGUAUGCGUACAUAUGAGCAUUUAUAAUCAAACGGUUACCGGAAAAAUAUCGGUACAAAUAAAAACAAAAUAAUAUCACUUUAAGUGCUUGAAAAUCUGUGUGCGAAAUGAUGACAUCAACAAUGAGACAUCUGCUAUGAGAAACAACUCCGUUCACAGUCACUGUCAUAUAAUUAGCUGCAGCAAGCUAAUAAGCAACAAAUAAACUGUCACAAAGGAUUCUUUAUAAGAUUUCAUCGAAACAAAUGGAAUGUUGCACUAAAUAAAAAAAUAAACUUAUUAUUCAAGAAAAAAAUAAUAUUUAUAUUCAUAUAACAGAUAUAUGUAUAUCCUGAUACAGUCAUGAUUCUCAGAUAAUUUUUGGGUUGGUAGGGUAAGGUUCAGAAGUUUAGGUUACAUAAAAGUCUAUCCAAUUAAAGUCGUGUGUAAAUUAUGUGUGAUUGGGGUACUACUUCUUAUUUUACGAAUUAUAUCACUAAAAGAUAAAAAGUAAUGAAAGAUCGAAAGUUGGCCUGAACUGAACAUUACUCUCACUACUUUCUACAUAUUUUGAAAUAUAAAAGUAUUACAAUAGUGAUCUGAUUACAAAUAAAAUUGAUGUGUAUGUACUUAUACAUAUAGUAAAUAAAUAAAUAAAUAAUAUAGUUUUGUGGUCGAUUUUCAAUCUCAUUUUUAACUCAAGUUGAUUCAACUGAUGCUCCAAGUCACAUCUUAUCUCGUUACUUAUUUAGACACAUAUGUUUGUAUACUGUAUAUUUGUAUACAAUCACUUGCGUAGUUAUCUGGUUUUGUUAUUGUUUUUGGCGUUUACUUUGUUGUGACGCCUUAGUCGGCUAGUGCUCGCUUGUGAACCAAUCAACCGAACCACAAUCGACUGCCAGUUCGCGACGGCGCGCCGGCUUUAACUUAAACCACCUUCUCGGAUCAGUUGGCAGUUUAAGUUUUACUUUGGAGCCGAGUAGUUCACAACGUUUGAGUUGUUGCAUACGCAUAAGAAAUUUAUUUAUUAAAACCGAAUUAAUUGUAUUUGUGAACGUUUCAUAAAUUUUUGACAAAAUGAAAUUUGUCAUUUUGCUAGCUCUAUCGCUGGCAGUUUUGGCUAGCGCCCAGCAUGCGAGCAACUCACAUCUUGUUUGCUACUACGAUGGCAGCAGUUAUGCGCGCGAAGGUCUCUCUAAAUUGCACACAAACGAUUUAGAACCAGCUUUACAAUUCUGCACCCAUCUCAUUUACGGUUAUGCUAGCAUCAGUCCGACAUCGAACAAACUUGUCAGCAACAAUGAUAAGCUCGAUCUAGACAUCGGUUCGGGAUUGUACCGCACGGUGACUGGUUAUAAGAAGAAGUACCCACAUUUAAAGGUAUUGUUGAGCGUUGGUGGCGACAGAGACGAAGUCGAUCCAGAUAACAACAAGUAUUUGACAUUGUUGGAGAGCACCAAUGCGCGUAUACCAUUCAUAAAUAGUGCACACUCUUUGGUGAAGACUUACGGUUUCGAUGGUCUCGAUUUAGCUUGGCAAUUCCCCAAGAACAAGGCCAAAAAGGUGCAUAGCGGUAUCGGUAAACUGUGGAAGGGUUUCAAGAAAAUUUUCUCUGGCGACUUCGUUGUCGAUGAAAAGGCGGAAGAACAUAAGGAAGAAUUCACAUCCUUAGUGCGCGAACUGAAGAACGCUCUCCGUCCCGAUGGCUACUUGUUGGGACUCUCUGUCUUGCCCAAUGUGAAUUCUUCACUAUUUUACGAUGUGCCUGCAAUUGUAAACAAUUUGGACUACGUCAACUUGCAUGCUUAUGAUUUCCAUACACCUGAACGCAACCCUGAAGUUGCUGACUACCCAGCACCCAUCUACGAGCUAAAUGAACGUAACCCUGAAGCUAAUAUUAAUUUUCAAACACAAUAUUGGUUAAACAAUCACUGCCCUGCUACUAAAAUCAAUGUCGCUAUUGCCGCGUAUGGACGUGCCUGGAAAAUGACUAAGGAUUCCGGUCUCACCGGUGUGCCACCAGUUCUUGAAACAGAUGGUGUUGCACCAGCUGGUACGCAAACUCAAAAACCAGGUCUGCUCAGUUGGCCUGAGGUAUGCGGCAAAUUGCCAAAUCCCGCCAAUCAGCAUUUGAAGGGCGCAGAUGGUCCACUUCGUAAGGUUGGGGAUCCUACCAAACGUUUCGGCAACUAUGCUUACCGCUCGGCUGAUGACAACGGCGAGAACGGCAUCUGGGUAGGCUAUGAUGAUCCAGAUACCGCAGCGAAUAAAGCAGCGUUUGUAAAGGCUAGAGGUUUGGGCGGUAUAGCUUUGGUUGACUUGUCUUUCGAUGACUUCCGCGGUGCUUGCACAGGUGAUAAGUAUCCAAUCUUACGUGCUAUCAAGUACAAGUUGUAAGUUGAAGUAAAUUUAACAAAAUGAUUUAUACUAUAAAUUUGAUAAAAGCCUCUUCGCAUUUUAAGUUUCUUGCUCAUUUAUGUUUCAUUGUUCAGAGCAUUUAAUAUUGUCACAUUUACAAACAAAAGAAAAACACCAAAUACACAACCAAAACAUUGAUAUGGUACUCAUAAAUUGUUUAUUUUGUAGAAAUAUUUUUAGCUGAUCGUCCACUAUUGUAAAGGCUUAACUAUAUAUCUAUAAAUUCUAUAAGAAUAAAUUUUAAUACUCGGUUGUUUCUAGCG